AAAAGAUGCCACUAAGACAGGACAGACUCAAACUGGCUUGUUAGUUGGGCAGAACAUUUGUGCUUUCUGAAUUAUGGGGCAUCUUCCUAGUGAAGCCUGCCUGACUCUGAUGUAAAUGGAUUGGGGUGGUCAAUACGGACAAACAAACCGAGCAAAAGUGUGGCUGCAAAUUAAGAGCAGAGUUGUCUCUUCGCUUGGAGGGCGCCUAAUUUGUCAGAAAAAAGAAGGAAAAGAAUACAAUGAAAGAAAAAAGACAAAGAAGAAAAGUUUGAAAUCAUCAAUCUCCCUAUCAUUUUGUCUCCACCUGUUGUUUUUAUCUUCUGAGGUAUGCAAAAGACCGAAUUUUCUUAUGCUAUGAACAUGUAAGUGGUAACUUCUGCCAUGCCCUUGUGGGAUGGAAAUCAAGGGGAUUCAGGAAGGAUCGUGAUGAGCACUAACUUUCUGCAGGCUACAGUACAGAUUAUGUUAAUGGCCAUAUUCAUAGCUGUGAUUCUUCUAUUUCUAGGUGUUGGAAUGCUGGUGGUUAUACAUGUAUGUAUAGUAGGAAGAGCCUUCAGGAGAGGAUUCCGGAACCCUGGAAGAUUUGACAGGAGCAACAGCAGGAACAGAUGCAUCUCCCAGGAUGAUUUACAGAAGCUUCCCUGCUAUGAUUACAUAGCAAAAGACGGAGGAAGUAGUCCAGCGGAUUGUGCUGUCUGCUUGGAAAACUUCAAGAUGGGUGAAAAGUGCAGGCUACUGCCUCUAUGCGGGCAUAGUUUCCAUGCAGACUGUGCAGAUUCAUGGCUUCUGAGGAACCCCAUUUGCCCAAUUUGUAGAGCCAGUGCUGAUUCAGGCGAGGCUGGGUUGGUUUUAUAUGAGGAAAGUAGUCAGUCCAGUGAAUAUGUUGGUCAGAUGAGAGGAAGCCAGAGUAGGGAAGGUAGAGACAACCAAACAAAUGAUGUUAGAAUUGAAGUUAGAGACAACCAAAUGAGGGAAGGUAGUAAUGUUACUGAUAGUGGUGAUGAAUCUAGAGAAAACCAAACAAAUCUAGUUGGGACUCAUUUGAUUCUCUGUCCUUUCAUGUCAAAAGGUCACAUUAUACCCAUUCUGCACCUAGCUUGCCUCCUACUCCGUCGUGGCCUAGCCGUCACAGUCUUUACCACGCCAGGAAACCGUCCCUUCAUUGCUAAGUCUCUUGCUGACACUUCUGCCUCUAUCAUUGACAUCAAUUACCCUGAAAACAUCCCUGAAAUUCCAGCUGGCGUUGAAAGCACAGAUGCACUACCUUCCAUUUCACUCUUUGUUCCAUUCUGUGCAGCCACAAAGCUCAUGCAACAUGAGUUUGAAAGGAAGCUCCAGCGUCUGCUUCCUGUGAAUUUCGUUGUAUCAGAUGGGUUCCUUUAGUGGACUCUAGAGGCUGCAACAAAGUUUGGUGUGCCAAGGUUGAUGUUCUAUGGCAUGAGCCAGUAUGCUUCAACCGUGUCUAAAGCUGUCGCUGUAGACAGGCUUUUGUUUGGGCCUGAGUCAGAUGAUGAGUUGAUCACAGUCACACAGUUUCCAUGGAUUAGGAUUACUAGAAAUGACUUUGAACCAAUAUUCUCAAAACCUGAUCCAUAUAGUCCUCCAAUGCGGUUAUUCAUGGAUCAAGUGGUAGCAACAGUAAACAGUAAAGGAAAGCUUGUUAAUAGCUUCUAUGAGCUGGAAAAUUUUUUUUUUGGUAGUUGGAACCGUGAGGAAAGGCUCAAGGCAUGGAGUGUUGGACCCUUGUGUCUGGCUGAACUGCCCAAGGCAGAUAUCUCAUCAGAACAACUCAAACGAAUAGCAACUGGGCUGGAAGAAUCAAAGGUGAACUUCUUGUGGGUUAUAAGGAAGAAAGAAUCAGAAUUCGGAGAAGGGUUUGAAGCAAGGGUUAAAGAGACAGGUAUUGUGGUGAGAGAAUGGGUUGAUCAGAGAGAGAUAUUGAUGCACCAAAGCGUACAAGGUUUUUUGAGUCACUGUGGAUGGAAUUCAGUGUUGGAAAGCAUAUGUGCAGAGGUACCAAUUCUUGCAUGGCCAAUGAUGGCUGAGCAGCCAUUGAAUGCAAGAAUGGUAGUAGAGGAAAUAAAGGUGGGGUUAAGAGUGGAGACUUGUGACGGGACAGUGAAAGGUUUGGUGAAAUGGGAAGGAGUAAUGAAGAUGGUAAGGGCGUUGAUGGAAGGAGAGAUGGGGAAAGAGGUGAGGAUUAAGGUGAAAGAACUUGCUGAGUUGGCCAAGAUGGCCAUGGAGGAGAAUACUGGAUCAUCUUGGCGGACGUUAGACAUGCUCAUUAAUGAGUUCUGCAACAAUAAGUAAGAUAUCUCUAAGUAAUUUGUUUCCCAUCUCGAUGCCUUGCAAGGCUUGGAAAGAGUCCCACAUGACAGUACUUGAGAGCCCUAUUCCUAGCAAACUUUCUUUCAAACUUUCUUUUUGUGUUUCAGCGUUUUCAUGGAAGUUUUCCAUGGGCAUUAAUGCAUUUCUUUUUGAUAU